AUAUGAUGAGGAAAAAUGUGAUACAGUCAAAUCAAUGAAGUGCUUUAGAUCAUAGAUACUGGUGAAGAAGUAAUGAAUCUCAAUUACUGGAUCUUCCUGGGCGCUGAAUUGAACUGAAGUGUGCUGAAUAUGAACUUAAAGAAUCUUUUUCAAGAUUUUAACCCUAGUAAAUUUGUAGUCUUCACCUGUUUGCUGGUCUUCACAAUUCUGUUCUCCCUACGUCUUGAUAAAAGCAUUCAAUGGAGCUACUGGUUUGUCUUCUUCCCCAUCUGGGUGUGGAAGCUGCUUGUACUGGUUGGCGCUCUGGUGGGCAGCUCAGUGUGGCUGCGAAACCCACAAUACAGGCAGGAAGCAGGCAGCAGCACCCAGUACAAAGCCAUGAUUGUAUCCUGCGGGGAGCACCUGGCUCUGCUCAUGUUUGAACUGCUUGUUGUCAUCAACCUGGAGUCUGACGGCCACAACUGGCUCAUCGUCUUCAUCCCCCUCUUCGUCUUGUCUGUCUUCUGUAUUGGAGCCUGUAUAUGGUGCGUCAAGAAUGAUCGCUCAUGCGAGCUGGAGUUGUUUUGUUCUGUGAAUAUCUUACAGUUUAUCUUCCUUGCUUUGAGGUUUGAUAAGAUCAUUGUCUGGAGUUGGGUGAUUGUGUUUAUCCCCAUAUGGAUUAUAAUGUGCGUUGCCAUGAUUGGCGUACUGUAUGCUGUGGCCCUUGCCAUUAUUCUCAUACGUUCUCCUGAUAUACUAAGUGAGCAGAGACGAGGAAAUGUUUCUACAGCCAUUGGCUACUCAUUCCUAGUCAUCCCAUUACUUGUCUUUGAGAUUCUGCUUGCAAAUCGACUCGAUGAAAUCAAUGACUUUGAUUUCAUCACAGUGGCAAUACCUUUGAUUAUCUCCCUUAUAUCUCUUAUUUGUUUGGCUUUUGGAGCUAAGGGAGGGAACUGCUGGUGGUUUGGCAUUCGUAAAGACUUCUGCCAGUUCCUGCUUGGGCUGUGUCCGUGCUUACAAGAGUACGGCAAUAUUUCCUAUUCAAUUCAAAGUAACGACCAUGACUCGCAGCCUCACUCUUCUGCUGAGGAGCAAUCAGACCCUGGUGUGUCUGAGGUCAAGGUCAGGCUUAAAGGAAGUGAUUCCAUAGAUCUGCCCAAAGUCGUAGUGCCAGCAUUAUCUAUAGAAACUCCUGACUGACAUUGUUUCAUAACAUAGGGAUUUAACAUUUGGAAAUAAACCUGGGUUGUUUUUUAAAAAAAAAACAAUGAUGUCCAAACUGGCAAGUUCAGUUGUUAGCUAAUCUCUUGCCUGUUAGAAAGGGAAUAUGGAUGAAUGAAAAACCCUAAGAGAUCUAAGUGCAGAAAUACUGGGACUCAUUUGCCAUACUUGUGGUAGAAAAAAGCAAUGCUGUGAUGACUUGGGAUAAAAUCUUUUUCAGAUAAUUGUUUGGCCAGAUUUUUUAACACGGGAGUGUCAAAAUGUCUUGUUCUGUGAUAAUUUAUAUUGAAUUUAUUUUAACAAUACUGAGAUAACUUGGCUUUGUUAGUAUUUUUUAAAAAGCAGAUACAUGUUCAAGAUGCUAAAUUUUUAAAAUCUCAUGGUGGUAAUUUAAGUGAAAGCAAAACAUUGUUUUAUUUUAACCUUUACCUGUGUAGAAUUCUCAAAUUUUAAAGUGUAUACAAUAUUUAACUGUAAGUGUUUAUUAAAAAAGGGAAUUCUAAAAAAAAGAAAUCAAGUUUGAAUUAUAGUUUUAUAGGACUUUCUGUAAAUUCAAUAGUGUAAAUAUGUAUCAUUCACAAUGGGAGUUGGGAUAUAACCUUUUAUUUAUCUUUGUAAAGCAAUUUAUUAAGUCCUGCAAAGUGUUGAUGUCAUAGAGGUGUAUUCAUCAGUUUUAUCAUAAUACCUCUUUCAUUGAAUACAGUAGCAAUAGCUUGUAUGCUUAUUAUGUGUCUAUCAUGUAAUUAUCAGUAACCCAAUGUUAUGUUUAAUUAAUUAAGGUUAUAAGUAAUCUUAUGUAUACCAUUUAUUUAAUUAACAUUAAUUUAAUCAUCAUCUGGGUACCUCAUUAUAUUAGCAAUAGUUUUACCUUUUGUAUGCAGUUAAGUUGUAUUAAAUUAUACAUCAUUUAACACAUUUGCAAUAAGGAGGGUGUAAUCCCAGACUAAAGAUUUAUUUAGUCUACAGCCACCAUCCCCUAUCUACAAACUAAGUGGGGUAAUGCACCAGGGUAGGGAGUAAAAGACUGGGGGGAUCCCUUAAAUCUGGUAGCUAAAAAUAUCAGUGGGAAAAAUGCUAGAUUUAUCUCGUUUUGGUGUGCCUGGAUUUAGGAGUGAGAAAGAACACAAAAGUUAAACGAAAAGCUGUUUCCAGGUUGUUUUUUUUUACCUGUGCCUGGAUUAAUGACUGAGACAGAGAGAUAGCACAAGAGUUAAACGAAAAGCUGUUUCCAUUUGAAAUGUGUCCUGGGUUUAUUACCAUGUUGUGGUGUGCAUGGAUUAAGGAAAGAAAAAGAGUGAUUGCAAAAGUUCAAAGCCUUGUUUCCAUUUGAAACUUGUGCUGGAGAGAGAAAGAGAGAGCAUAUUAGUUACAUUAAAGCUCUGUUUCCAUUUAAAAUGUGUACUAGGUUCAGCUGGGGAGUUUUACUGGUCACUCAUCUACUUCAAAUUCAGUUGCCAAAAGAUGAAUUUAUUUAUCAUCAGGUCUCAAAUACCUAUUAGAAUGCCGUAUAGGAACAAAUAUUUUUGUUCUCACACCUGCAAAUAUCUCCUGAUAAACACACAAUAUAUAAAUUUAAUCCCAAAUUUGGACUUAUAUUGUAAAAUAUUAAAUAUGUGACUCUAAAAUUUAUAACUAAAUGUAUGAUAACAAAUUUCCCCCAACUGUCGCUUAUAUUAUUUUUCUCAGGGUCCAUUGAAUGACAUGUUUUAAAUGAUGUACAUGAGAACCACUAUGAUGAUGUGGGUUGAAACAGUUUUGUUUCUGUCUUUAUUUAGUACUAGAUGGCUUCAUGUUGAUCGUACUUACAUCUCAAUAACAAUGUUUCAAGCUUUUUGACUUAUGUAUGCCAGUAAACAAAAUACAAGUUAAAAAGUAGGGUUUUCAAAAAAAUAUUUUUAAAAUUUUUAUAUUUUAGAUCUCAAGGUUUGUUUUUAAACAUUGGUCAAUGUCUCCAUUAAGUUAUGGGUAAUUUAUUGUAUUUCAACACAUAACUAUUUAUUUGUGUGUUAGCAUUUUGUGGUGUAAGUAGAGCUAUAGAAUAGGUCAACCUAAUGACUGGGUAGAUGUAAAGAAAAGGUGGAUCUAGCCAUAGGGUCGAUCUAAAGACAGGGGGGGGGGGGGUCUAGUCAGAGGGUGGAUCUAAUGAGAAGGUGGCUCUAGCCAUAGGGUUGAUCUAAAGACUGGGUUUAGCCAUAGAGUGGCCCUAAAGAUUGGGUUUAGCCAUAAAGUGGACCUAAAGACUGGGUUUAGCCAUAGAGUGGACCUAAAGACUGGUUUUAGCCACAAGGUGGACCUAAAGACUGGGUUUAGCCAUAGAGUGGACCUAAAGACUGGGUUUAGCCAUAGAGUGGAUCUAAAGACUGGGUUUAGCCAUAGAGUGGACCUAAAGACUGGGUUUAGCCAUAGAGUGGACCUAAAGACUGAGUUUAGCCAUAGAGUGGACCUAAAGACUGGGUUUAGCCAUAGAGUGGACCUAAAGA